UGUGCAGUUCCUACCAUAGUUCCGACGCAAGCGGGUUUGAUUCCCGGCGAAAUGUGAUCCUGCAUUUGGCCCUUUAAUAGGAAUUAGGGAUAAAUCUAGGGAAUGGGGAUCCACGUCAAGGAGGCACUGUCUCCUGACCUCUCUCUAGGUGCACGACAGACACGGGGAACCUGAGCUAUACAGGACGAUACUACAGCAUGAAACGUUGAAAGAAGAGGAAUAGUAGGAACAGACUACAGUCAGAAAGUUAAUGAGAAUAGCAGCCGAGAGCCGUGAUGUGAUUUACCGGGCCAGUUUACUACGCGAGGAAAGAGCGAGAGAGAGAGACUACAACAUCACAAGGUCCGUGUCAGUCGGUUACCAGUCGACAGGGUCCAUCCGCCGGGCAGUGGUGUGGUCAACAUGGCAGACGUCUUGGAGAGUGGCAGGGCGGGUGCAGGCUCCGUAGUAGGAGCGGGUAGCGUGGAUUGGCAGAAGCGUUGCGUUGCCCUGGAGAUGCAGCUGCUUAGGUUCCGUCUGCAGGCGGGGAAGAUCCGAGAGCUGCUGGCCGAGAAGAUGCAGGAGUUGGAGCUGAGGGUGACAGAGUCUGACCAACGGGCUGAGAGUGCUGAGAAACAGAUCCAUGUCAUGGAAGAGAAGCUGAAAUAUGCAAACGUACAACCCAGCGAAUCAGAGAACUCAGUGUUCAGAAGGUACCAGGACCUGACGAAUCAGGUGCAGGAGAAAGAUGCAGUGAUAAAGAGAUUAGAGGUGCAGCUGGAAAAACAGAUCUUAGUCAGAGCCCAGGAGGCUAAGAUCAUUGAGGAGAAGGCUGCUAAAAUCAAAGACUGGGUUACGUUUAAGCUACGAGAGAUGGAGAUUGAGAACCAGCAGCUGAAAAUGUCCAACCUGAAGCAGGCAGAACAGAUUAUGAUGCUGCAGGACAAACUGCAAGCUCUCCUGGAGAAGCCUUCAUCCCCCCUCCCCCCCACCUUUCCUUCCACAGACACCCACCAGGGACCCUCCAGCCCUCUGUACCCCUCAUGCUGUCCUGGGACCUCACCUGUCCAGGAGGAAACAGGCUGGGGGAGACAGACAGGUCCAGGGGACAGAGCAGAGCAGCCCUGUAAACCCAGAGGGGACAGAGGAGACACAACAGGCCACGGCACUGUGACAGUAACCCUGCCAGACACUCCCUCUCUGGGCAGGGAGGCUGGGGCUGGACCUGGUAGUCCUGUUCCAACCACUGGAGGUCAGGACCAUCCACUAUGUAGCGCUACUCCCAGAGAUCACUCCGCGGACGAGCUCAACAGCAGGUUCCGCUCCCAACGUCUCCACUCUUCCUCCUCUUCCUCUUCCUCCUCCUCAUCUUCCUCUGCCUGUGAAACAACCCACGGGGGUCCCAAGACCCCUGAUAUCCCUACCUCCACCCCCAAAAACCCUCUCCUCUGCCGCUCUCCAUCUAACUCCCACCCCUUCCAGACCCACACCCAGCCCCUGGCACUACCCUCCCAUACUGGGACCAGCAUGACCCUACCCAAGGUGCGGACGCCUCUGACCCCACGAGACAGCAUCCAGCUGGUGAAGAAACACUACAGUCAGCCCCAGCCUGGAGGUGUGGACCGGCUGCACCACCUCAACGCCCCCAGUCAGCCCCAGCCUGGAGGUGUGGACCGGCUGCACCACCUCAACGCCCCCAUUCAGCCCCAGCCUGGAGGUGUGGACCGGCUGCACCACCUCAACGCCCCCAUUCAGCCCCAGCCUGGAGGUGUGGACCGGCUGCACCACCUCAACGCCCCCAGUCAGCCCGAGCCUGGAGGUGUGGACCGGCUGCACCACCUCAACGCCCCCAGUCAGCCCCAGCCUGGAGGUUAUGACCGGCUGCACCACCUCAACGCCCCCAGUCAGCCCCAGCCUGGAGGUGUGGACCGGCUGCACCACCUCAACGCCCCCAGUCAGCCCCAGCCUGGAGGUGUGGACCGGCUGCACCACCUCAACAUCCCCAUAGACAUCAUGACUGCUUCCAGCACCCAGAGCCUUGCGUCUCCCUCCACCUGCAGUCACUUCCUGGUGGAGACAGAUAUAGAUGACGGGCUGCCUGACAAUAUGGAGGGGGUGGUAGAGGGGGCAGAGGGUCCUCCCCAGGAAGGAGUGUCGUUUGUUGGGUUGGCUGAGGGUCUGGAACUGCUGGAUCCGGAGGUUCUGAAACCCCCCACCCCACCUCUGCACCGCUUCCCCUCCUGGGAGAGCCGUAUCUAUGCUGUGGCCAAGUCAGGGAUGACAGUAUCGGAGGCAACCGCAGGAGCCAGAGGUCCUGGUCCAGAAAAACCACAGUACCCUGCCGCAGGACCAUUCACUCACCUGAUUUACAAGAACAUCACUGUACCCGUGUAUACCACACUGAAAGGGAAAGCCACUCAGAUCAGCAGUGUGCCCCUGCAUGAUGAUGACUCUGGUUCAGAGGAUGACAGUGGCUCUCUGGCCAGCCUCAGGACCUCCACCCUGGGCCCAGAAAGGAAGAGCAGCACCCCCGGGAGCCCCCGUGCCGUCAAGAGGGGUGUAUCCAUGUCAUCCAUUAGCUCUGAAAGUGACUAUGCCAUCCCUCCUGACGCCUAUUCCCUGGAAUCUGACUACUCUGAGCCAGAACACAAAGUCCAGAGAACAUCUUCAUACUCCUGCGAGAGCCUGCGAGAGCCUGAGAUGCUGGAGAAGUCAGGUUACCUGCUGAAGAUGGGCAGUCAGGUUAAAGCCUGGAAGAGACGCUGGUUCAUCCUGAGGAAUGGAGAGAUCUUCUACUACAAGUCUCCGAGCGAUGUGAUACGGAAGCCUCAGGGUCAGAUGGAGCUGAACUCUUCCUGUCGGAUUGCCCGUGGAGAAGGAGCACAGACCUUCCAGUUGAUAACAGAGAAGAAGACAUUCUUCCUGGCGGCUGACUCUCCCAACAUCUUGGAGGAGUGGAUCAGAGUUCUACAGAACAUCUUCAAGGUCCAAGCCAGCAGCCCCGUCGCCAUGGAGACCACCACCGCCAAACCCACCGUGAGGGGCUGGCUCACUAAGGUGAAGCAUGGCCACUCUAAGCUGGUAUGGUGCUCUCUGGUCAGCAAGGUCUUCUACUAUUACAGGAACCAGGAUGACAAGCUCCCCCUAGGCCAGCUGCGGAUGCGUGAGGCGGUGGUGGAGGAGGUGGACAGGUCAUGUGACUCUGACGAGGACUACGAGGCCGGUGGGCGUGGCUUCUUGUCAUCUCACUGUACCCUAGUGGUCCACCCCAGAGAGCAGAGCCCCACCUACCUGCUCAUAGGCACCAAGCAAGAGAAGGUACCAAGCAAGAGAAGGUACAGCACCUGUAAACUACACUACCCAUAUACCCCCUCGCUGCAAGGGAAGGACACCUGGCUGUACCACCUGACAGUCGCAGCAGGCAGCAGUGCCAGCUUCAAGGUGGGCACAGAGUAUGAGCAGCUGGUCGGGAACCUCCUAGACGUAGAGGGAGAUCCAGACUCUGCGUUGUGGAGGAGUGAGGCUCUAUGUUUCUGUAAAGAUGGCCUACGCUCUGCUCUCACCACUCUACCAUCUGAAGCUCUGCAGACUGAAGCCCUCAAACUCUUCAAGUCCUGUCAGCUGUUCAUCAACGUACUGGUGGAGUCUCCCUCCAUUGACUACCACAUGUCCCUGGCCCAGAAUGCAUUGCAGGUGUGUCUGACGCACCCAGAGCUCCAGAACGAGAUGUACUGUCAGCUGAUUAAACAGACCAACCGCCGCACACCACACAACUCCUCUCUCACUCAGUGCUGGCAGCUGUUGGCUGUGUGUGUGGCUCUCUUUCUGCCUCAGCAACACUUCCUGUGGUACCUCAGACAGUAUCUGCAGCGUCAUGCAGACCCCAGGAGUGAGGUGGGGAAGUAUGCAGUGUACUGUCAGAGGUCUGUAGAGCGUACCCUGCAGAAUGGAGAGAGAGAGGCCAAACCAUCACGUAUGGAGGUCCUGUCUAUCCUGCUGAGGAACCCUUACCACCACUCACUACCCUUCAGCAUCCCUGUCCACUUCAAGAACAUCACCUACCAGGUGGUAGGAUUUGAUGGCUCCACCACAGUAGAAGAGUUCCUGAGCACCCUGACCCAGAGAGUGGGCAUGAGGAAACCUCACCUGUCAGGCUUCGCUCUCUUCACUGACGACCCCUCAGGGAGAGACCUGGAACACUGCCUGCAGCCCAGCGUCAAAAUCUGUGAUGUCAUCUCCAAGUGGGAACAGGCCCUGAAGGAACUGCAUCCUGGGAAAUACGAGGGCACACGCAUUGUCCGUCUGAUGUACAAGAGCAGGUUGUGUUUCCGGGCCCAGGCUAAAGGAGAGACAGAGCGUGAGCGCCUCCUGCUGGCCUACCAGGUGAAUGAUGAGGUCCACCAGGGACACUUCCCUGUCAACAAGGAGCUGGCUCUGGAGGUGGCUGCUCUCAUGGCACAGGUGGAACAUGGGGAUCUGGACCGUCCAGCCCCCCCCUCUGCUAGCUGCAGCUCUCCUCAGCCCAAAAGCCAACAAAUCCUCCUACAGGCCCUGGGACGCUUCUACCCCAAGCACUACAAACAAGACUGCAGCAUGGACCAGCUCAGAGAUCUAUCGGAGCGUCUGGCCACUAAGUGGUCAGUCCUGCGCGGCUGCAGUGCCUCAGAGUGUGUCAGAAUCUACCUGACCGUUGCUAGGAAGUGGCCGUUGUUCGGUGCCAAGCUCUUCCAUGCUAAGCCUUUACCCCCGUCGUCUGUAGAGCAGUCCCAGGUCUGGCUAGCUGUCAAUGAGGAUGGACUGUGUGUGCUUGACUAUACCAUGCACCCUCUGGUCACCUACUCCUACCAAUCAGUGAUCACCUUUGGCGGUUGCCGUGACGACCUGAUGGUGGUAGUGAGCCAGACCAAAGAACAGGGUGGAGGGAAGAAGAGUGUGGAAAAACUGGUCUUCGCAUUGCCCAAACCCAAGAUCUUGGAGUUGACUCUGUUGAUGGCCAGCUACAUUAACUACUGGACGCCCAGCCUCCCUGGCCCCCCUAUAGCCCAGCACCAGUCCCCAGGACCCAUCUCCCCUCUGGGGCCCCGCGGGGCCGGGACAGGGGCUGCAAAGAUGUGGAACUUGGACAGCAGACACUUCCCCUCCAUGACUUACACCACCAAGGGUCCCACUCUACUGUGAAUAUAUCAAACAACAACAGCAGCAACAAUCAACACCCUUGCUCCAGUUUAUCUUCGGGACAAGACGGUUGUGUCCAGUAGGCUCCUUAAAGAAGAAAACAGACUAAAACAUGGAGAAUCUAUACCUGGACCUGUGAAAGAGAGUGCGUAACUGGCGGCAGGAAAGUCAGGCGCAGGAGAGCUAAACUGGGUAAUCAACAGAGCAGUUUUAUUCAUUAAACCACCGGAAACCAGAACAACAAACAAAUGGGUACAAAACCCGUCGCGCACCAGAGAAAACGUGCACAUGCACUUACAAUAAACAAUUCCGCACAAAGACAUGGGGGGAACAGAGGGUUAAAUACACAACAUGUAAUGAGGGAAUUGAGACCAGGUGUGUGGGAAGACAAGACAAAACAAAAGGAAAAUGAAAAGUGGAUCGAUGAUGUCUAGAAGACCGGCGACGUCGACCGCCGAGCGCCGCCCGAACAAGGAGAGGGACCGACUUCGGCGGAAGUCGUGACAACCUGGUCCAAUAAUAAAUGUUUGUUUUCCAUUUCAAAACAUUUUUGCUAUGGUGUACCCUACUGGACAUGACCCAGGACUGAGAAACUACUACAGGCUGUUGUGGUAAAGAGGACAUUGCUCCACAUAUGUUACAUCACUGAAAAUAGCUGUGGUUCUUCUAUGUUAUCCUCAUCCCCUCUAGCCUGAAGUGGAUUCUGCUCCAUAUACACAGGAUGUUUCAUUUCUGAGAAGAAAAAAAAUGUAACUGUGAAGAAAUGGGAAAUGGUUCACUUUAUAUGAAGAUGCCGCUCUUCAAAUGUUUGCGUUUUAGUCAGUGCUUAAUUUAGGAGAAAUAUGCUCAUGUUUGAGGACUAUUUGAAAAACAAUUGAGCCUUGAAAAGGGACCAAUACACACCCUACUUCUUGACCUUGGCUGUCUGGCUGUUAUUCACACAGCCUCAACUCUUCCCUGCCACUCGUCUAUUCCAGAUACUCUGCAUACCAAAUGGUUCCCUUUUCCUUAUAUAGUGCACUACUUUUGACUAGGGCCCAUGAGGAAUAGGGUGCCAUUUCACAUACCCUCUGUCUUUUUUAAAGGGAAAAAAGCUGUUAAACAAGGAAAGACUAUUGAUUUAUUCUGGCUCUUUGGUACCUAGGAAGAUUUACGUAUUCCUUAAACGAUGGAGGCUUGAAGUGGCGCUAACCGGUUUCUGAGGGAAUCUAUUCGACUACAGAGCACUAGUUGUUGCUCACUACCUUCUCCUGACUGGCUUCUGGAGACGCCGUCACGUUAGAAUGACGCUAUCUGACGGAAGACAAUGCAUUAAACCAGUAUAAAAUACUUAUAUUCAGACAUCAAAUUGUACUUGAAUUUUUCAUCAAGCAAUUGCACAACAGGUCUGACUUCUAGAUCACAGCAGGCCAGGGCCUGGGGAGGAACAGCCCACUGGGUAAAAACUGGUUUAGUCAAUGUUUCCACUACAUUUUAAACCCAUAAAAUCUAUGUGAUGACAUUGAACUGGCAUGGGAAACUAAUUGGAUUUGGAAAAAGUCAUCAACUUUUAACCUAAAUCAAAUGACAAGUUACAUUUUUGGGCGAUAUCACGUUGAAUUCACGUUAGUUGACAACUCACCCAAAUGUCAAUCAAAACUAGACGUUGAACUGAUGUCUGUGCCCAGUGGGAGGCAAGGCACUAUGACUUAUGGUACAACUGAUGAUGGUAACAUUCUGACCAAGUAAUGUUUUAUAACAAUUUUGACCACAUACUUUUAUUGUGAAGUACAGAGUAACAAUCUUUUUUAAGCUGAUAGAGAAGAAUAGAGAUGGAAUACAAUGUGUCUGUCCGCUGAAUGAGGCUUAGUCUGAGAUGUAUCAACUCAUUUGGUGGCAUGUUUCUACUCCUCCACUUACUACCUGCCUUGACAACCAGGGUUGGGAUCAAUUCCAUUUCAAUUCAAUUACACUGAAAUUGCAAUGUUAAUUCCAAAUCCAGUUUUCAACAUUGCCUUUCAAUUAGAGAAUUUGAAAUGGGAAUAUCAGUUUACUUCUAGAAUUGACUGAAUUGAAAUGGAAUUGACCUCCAGCCUUGUUGACAACAGGGUGGAAGGUACUGUUAAUUCAGCCAGGUAGGAAUGAUUUUAAAUGGAGAGAUCCAGCCUUGUUGACAACAGGGUGGAAGGUACUGUUAAUUCAGCCAGGUAGGACUGAAUGGAGAGGUCCAGCCACAUAAGAGUGGACUGGUAUGAUUAGAGCUAUUCAAAUGUUAUUAGUGACUUGAAUUGUUUUGGAUGAAACCACUGUCUUGGUCAUUUUUGUGUUAUUUAUUUAAUUUCCUGGUAUUUUGUGGCUUUUUUGUAUGCUGAAAAUUGGUUGGCAGAACUGUUAAAUGUUGAACUGAAAUGUUCAAAAUGGCCUUGACUUUGUUUGUCUCAAGUAGCUGAAUAAUUGAACUUGACAGUUUUACGCUGUAUGAAAGCUGUAUGAAUGCUGUAUGAAAGCUGUAGAAUUGUGAAAUAGGGAUGUUAGCUCAAUGAAACAGAUUAGAGACGAUGUGCUUAGCUGUUAUGAAAUGUUGUGUUUUAAAAUGAAAUAAAAAAAAGUGCAUUAUA